UGUGGCCGACGUCAGCAUAAGCUGUAUAAGAUUGUUGGUGGAAUGAGCAGUCCAGUUGAAUCCCAGCCAUGGAUAGCCACGCUCUACCAAAUCAGCCGCAGAAACAAACAACAGUACUUCCAGUGUGGAGGAAGUCUUAUUAAUCCCUGCUGGGUGGUCACUGCAGCACAUUGUUUUCCAGAUGGUGAGUUUCCUGAACCCAAGGACUAUGCCAUCGUUUUGGGAAAGACUAACAUUGAUGAAACAAAUGAGUUUAGAGAACAGAAGUUUUUGGUGGAGAAAAUCAUCCGUCACCAACAUUACAGCGAUCAGACAAAUGCUCUGGACAAUGAUAUUGCACUGGUGAAGAUCCGUUCGGAAUCUGGAGAAUGCGCUGCCAUGACAGAUCAGGUUCAGACUGUCUGUUUGCCACCAUCGGACCUUAAACUAGAAGGUGGAACGAAGUGUGAGAUUGCUGGAUUUGGAAAGGAGACUUAUGAUAGCAUUAAGUACUCUCAGGUCCUGAAGUCUUCUACAGUUCAAAUAAUCUCUCAGGAAGUGUGCCAGUCAGAAGAAUACUAUGGGAAGCUGAUCAACAGGAAUAUGUUUUGUGCUGGAGAUCCAACGUGGAAAGUGGAUGCUUGCAAGGGAGAUUCCGGUGGUCCUCUUAUCUGCCAGUACAAUGGUCAAAUGGUGCUCUAUGGUAUAAUAAGCUGGGGUGAUGAGUGCGCCAAGAAAAACAAGCCUGGAGUGUAUACCCGAAUGACAAACUACCUGACCUGGAUAGAGAAAAACAUGGCCCAAUCGGCCAGUGUUCAGGACAAUUUUAUUUCAGAAUAAUUGAAAAAUACUGACGGAAUGGACAACAGAGCUGUGAAGAAGACCAUCAGCUGAACCUUAGCAGCCAUGGGAGUCAAUGUAAACCAGUUUGUAAGCUAUUCUAAACAGGUUUGUGUUGAGAUCAAGGUAUCAGUACUGCUGUGG